AUGUUAAUAAUUACCCACGAACGUCCCACGCCUGCCUACCCACGCUCUCUCCCACACACACGCCUUCCUACCCACGCUCUCCCCACACACACGCCUUCCUACCCACGCUCCACACACACGCCUUCCCACCCAAGCUCUACCCACACACGCCGACUGCCCACGCCUACGCCACCCACGCCUUACACCCACGCCUACUCCCACGCCUACUGCCCACGCCUACGCCCACGCCUCACUCCACGCCUACUACCCACGCCUACUGCCCACGCCUACUACCCACGCCUACUACCCACGCCUAUCGCCCACGCCUACCGCCCACGCCUACUCCACGCCUUCCCACCCACGCCCACUGCCCACGCCUACUGCCCACGCCUACCGCCCACGCCUACUACCCACGCCUCCUACUCCCACGCCUACUGCCCACGCCUACCGCCCCACGCCUACCACCCACGCCUCCUGCCCACGCUCACGCCCACACGCCCACGCCUUCCUCCCACGCCUACUGCUCCACGCCUACUGCUCCACGCCUACUGCCCACGCCUAUCACCCACGCCUUCCUACUCCACGCCUACUGCCCACGCCUACUGCUCCACGCCUUCUACUCCACGCCUACUGCCCACGCCUACUGCCCACGCCUUCCCUACCCACGCCUACUGCCCACGCCUACUACGCCCACGCCUUCAUUUAUCCUUUCGUUUUUAA